AUGAAGUUGGCAGCCUUCCCCAAAGCCUUUGGUCUGAUGGAAUUGAAAAAGGGAUAUUUCCCCCAUUAUUUCAACAUCCAAGAACAUCAAAACUACCAUGGACCAUUUCCAGACCCAGAGAUGUAUGGUGCCAACUAUAUGGAAUCCAAGGAGAGAUCAGAAUUUCUGAAGUGGCAUGCCGAACAGCGUAUGUUCGAAUUUCAAAAAGAAAUGAAAGAGUAUUGUGUCUCAGAUGUGUCUGUUCUCCGGGAGGCCUGCUUAAAAUUCCAAAAGCUCAUGCUCGAAGUUACUGGUGAAAAGCAGAUCGACCUUGACACCGACGCUGUCAGCUACAUCAAUGGCAUCGAUCCUUUUGCACAUUACAUCACUAUAGCUUCGGUUUGUAUGGGCAUCUUUCAAAGCAAAUUUCUGAAAGAACACCAGCAUGCCAAACUCACAGAUGGUCAACAGAUCACGGACUGGAUGACGGUCAGAGAGGAUGGAUCCAUCAAGGUAAAACCUGAUUUGUGGAUGACUGAAGAAGAGCUGAGAAAUCGUGGGAUGACCAUAGCUGAAUCUGACACUGUGCCUAGUCCCAUAGCCCAAGUUCCAAGCAGUGGCUAUACAAGAAAAGACCAAUUCAGCAAAGUAUCUAUACAGUGGUUGGAAUGGGUUCAACACCAAAAUCCUAUUAAAUACCAGAUGCAGCAUGCUCUUAAUGGCGGUGAACAUCUGGUACCAGACACCCAUUAUCGACUAGAUGGCUACUGUGUUAAAACAAACACGGCAUUCGAGUUUUAUGGUUGUUUGUGGCAUGGCUGUCGCCAAUGUUUCCCACAUGAGCGUUCUACCACAACACAUCCAAGAACCAAACAAUCCAUAGAAGAACUGUAUGCCUUGACAUGUAGAAAGAGGGAAGAACUCAAAGCCAAGGGAUACAAAGUCAUAGAAAUUUGGGAACAUCAAUUCCACCAUCUCCUAAAGUCAAACCCAGAGCUGAAACAAUUUGUGAACUCUUUGGAUCUUCAAGACCGUCUCCAUCCAAGGGACUCAUUCUUUGGAGGAAGAACGAAUGCAAGCACGUUGCACUACAAAGCAGAAGAAGGGGAAGAAAUCAAGUAUGUGGAUUUCACAUCUCUGUAUCCGUGGGUCAACAAAUAUUGCCAGUAUCCCGUGGGACAUCCUGAAAUCAUUCUCAAAGAUUUUAAGCCAUUGGAUGAAUACUUUGGCAUCGCCAAGGUGAAAGUGUCACCUCCCAGAAAACUUUACCAUCCUGUCCUACCUUACCGUUCCAAUGGAAAACUCAAGUUUCCACUGUGCAGAACCUGUUCGGAUCAGGAAUUACAGACGCCAUGUCACCAUUGUGAUGACGAGAGAAGCAUUAUUGUAACCUGGUGCAUCCCCGAAAUUCUCAAGGCUAUAGAGAAGGGAUAUAGAAUCAUCAACGUCUACGAAGUCUACUAUUGGCCGGAAACUACACAGUACGAGCCAGCAACGCUUGAAGGUGGUCUCUUUGUUGAAUAUAUCAAUACCUUCCUCAAACUAAAACAAGAAGCCAGUGGAUGGCCUGUCUGGUGUUUGACAGAUGAAGACAAAGACCAAUACAUCAGGCAAUACCGAGAAAAAGAGGGUAUUCAGCUAGACAAACAGAAAAUCAUAAAGAACCCUGGACUUCGUUCGUUGGCCAAGCUGUGUCUGAACAGUUUCUGGGGGAAGUAUGGCCAACGUUUAAACAUAAAACAGUCUGCCUUCAUUCACGAAAGCAAUGCAGACGUUUUCUUUCAGAUGUUGGCAGAUCCCACCAAAGAAGUGAUCGAUUUCCACGUGUUGACAGAGUCCAUUUUACAGCUCGAAUACCAACACAAAUCCACCUUUGUCCCAGAAGAUUUAAAAACCAACGUUUUCCUGGCGACGUUUACCACUUCUUGGGCGAGAUUGAAGUUGUACAGUGUGUUGGAGAAGCUGGGUGAAAAUGUGUUGUACUACGACACGGACUCUGUCAUCUUUGUGGCCAGACCUGGAAAUUAUCAGCCCCCUCUGGGAGAUUAUCUCGGAGAAUUGACUGACGAAUUAGAUGGUCAGUUCAUGACUGAAUUUGUUAGUGGAGGUCCCAAAAAUUAUGGCUACAGAACCAACAAAGGCUCAGAAGUGUGCAAGGUGCGAGGUUUUUCUCUGAACUAUGCCAAUGCACAGCUCAUUCACUUUGAAGCUAUCCGUGAGAUGGUCUUGUCACCGACCAGAGAUGGUACCCUCACCGUGACGAACCCAUCCAAAAUUUCACGAGAAAAAAGGAAGAGAAAAAUUUAUAACAAAGUGGAAGAGAAAAAAUACAAGAUAGUGUACACCAAACGUGUCAUUCUAGACAAUUUGGACACUCUUCCCUAUGGCUAUUAA